AUGGUGGAUCCAAGCACUGGCGAUACGUCACAUAUUGAUGAGGUUCGUCGGGAAGCUGAUAUUGCCGCUCGUCUGCACCAUCCCAACAUUUGCGAUCUUGUAGGGGUCGCCGCUGAUUUAGAGUGCUUUUGUUUGGCCUACGACUUUUGCGAGGGUGGUUCUUUGCUUUCACUUUUGACAGACUCGCGACGUUACUACGAAUAUCUUCCCAUUGCUUUGGACGUGGCUAAUGGAAUGGCCUAUCUCCAUAACAGAAACGUUAUUCACAGAGAUCUCAAGCCCAGUAAUAUUUUGUUGACUCGCGAUCAUCGUGCCAAGAUUGCCGACUUUGGCAUGUCAGUUGCCAAUGCUGGUCAGGAACUUACAGCAGAAACGGGGACUUACCGCUACAUGGCUCCUGAGGUGAUCCGCCAUGAGUCCUAUUCCAGUAAUGCGGAUGUAUACAGCUUUGGUGUUUGCCUGUGGCAGCUUAUUACACGUGAGAUCCCGUUUGCUACCAUGACCCCUAUCCAGGCCGCGUAUGCCGUUGCCGAAGGACGGCGUCCUGAGAUUCCCAGCACCACUCCCCGAAGACUUCAAGAAAUCAUCAUGGCAUGUUGGGACCAGGACAGUCACCGGCGCCCUUCGUUCACAUAUAUUGCCAUGGCUUUGGCUGAUUAC